CAAUACUCAAUUUUAAAAAUAUUCAACCAAAAAACAGUUCAAUUUGUAAAUACUCUAAUAAGAUCUAUAAUACUUUCAGUGAUAUCUUUAAUGUAUUAAUUAUGUUACAAUUAAUACAUAAAUGUUAUUUAAUAAAAUAAAAUGUUCAGUUCUGAUGAAUUAAUGCUAUAAAAAUCUUCUGAUGAUGCAAGCAGUUACUGUAGGUAUGGCUCUUACACAUGUGCCAUUAUUCCCCCCAUUCGUCUCAUAAGGCCAGUUGAUGGACAGUGUCUGUGUGAAAGGAAGAACUUGUUGCAACAGAAAGCAAGGACUUGGAAGGGUCCAACUAUGUAGUGUGCGUUUCCACACAAUGAUAUGUAUGAUGGUAUUGUAAAAGAGGGGAUGUCUUGGCCUUCCAUGGAUAUACUACUACUUUACUUUCCUGAAUCAGAAGACGACGCAAGUAGUUGAAACCAGUUGAGACGAAGUCAGUGGCUACGCGACCGUAUCCUCGAAUCCUUUCCAGUUGGUUUGACGUGCUCAUUACUCAUAAUUUUACGUUUACUAGGUGAAUGUCCGAAACACCUGUAUACUUUACCUUGCACGGUCAAUCGGAUAUUCAAGCUAUAUCUAUUCAAAAUUAUAUAUUUGCAUAAUGAAGCAAGUGAAAAUUAAUUUCUCUCUAAGGUGAUGAAAUUUCCCUAUUAAAGUUUUGUAUACAGUCAUAAUAUUUUUGUUUUUCAUUUGACAGAAGUAUGACUACAGAUUGGAGAACAAUUUUCGUAACCGGAGGGGCCGGUUACAUUGGUAGUCACUGUAUCGUCGAACUUUUGGAAAGCGGAUACGAUGUUGUUGCAAUAGAUAACUUUGCUAAUAGCGUAACCGAAGGUGGCGGUGAAUCCGCGGCUCUUAAAAGAGUCGAACAAAUAACAGGAAAAAAGGUCACAUUUUAUAAUUGCGAUCUCAUCGAUCGGGAUAAACUUGAAACAGUAUUUAACAAGCACAAAAUAGAUUGCGUGAUUCAUUUCGCGGCAAUAAAGGCGGUCGGAGAAUCGAUGCAAGUUCCACUUCAUUAUUAUCGAAAUAAUAUUAUUGGUGCCAUUAAUUUAUUAGAGGUAAUGAAAGCUGCUGGAUGCUUUCAGUUAGUAUUUAGCAGUUCUUGUACCGUAUACGGAGAACCGAAUGAACUUCCGAUUACAGAGGAGCAUCCGACUGGUAACAUUACAAAUGUAUACGGUAGAACAAAGUAUUUCAUUGAAGAAAUGCUUAAAGAUAUAUCAAGGGCUGAGAAGAGUUGGAACAUUAUUUCUCUAAGAUACUUCAACCCAGUAGGUGCUCAUCCAAGUGGUUUAAUUGGGGAAGAUCCCACAAAACCAUUUACGAAUUUAAUGCCAUACAUAGCGCAGGUGGCCUUAAGACACAAGCCUGAACUUAUUAUUUUUGGAGGCAAUUAUCCUACAAAAGACGGUACAGGUAUACGUGAUUAUAUUCACGUUAUGGAUUUAGCGGCUGGCCACGUAGCGGCAUUAAACGCUUUGCAUAAACAACAUUUAAGAUUAAAGAUUUAUAACUUAGGUACUGGAAAGGGUGUAUCUGUGCUUGAAUUAAUUAAAACCUUUGAGAAUGUAACAGGAACAACAGUAUCGUACGUUAUAAAAGAUAGAAGAGAGGGUGAUAUUGUAUCUAUGUAUGCUAACACAGACUUAGCAGAAAAAGAAUUAGGAUGGAGAACAAAGUAUAAUGUUGAACAAAUGUGUGAAGAUUUCUGGAGGUGGCAAACAAUGAAUCCACAUGGUUACCGUGUUUCGAUGAAAAACGGUAUUAGUGAACAUAUAAAUGGUACUUCAUAAUGUUAUUUACUGUCAAUGAAAAGCGAUUAAUUUAUGGUAUUAAAUAAACAAGAGAUCAAACUACUUACUUUUUAAAA